UCUCCGGAAGCCUGGCCCUCUCUGCAUGUGGCAAAGCACAGACUUCCUGUUUCACCCACUGGCAUCUCCCUGCUGUUCUCUCAGUCUUCCGGGAGUGAUCCCUGGCCCAGCCCCUGGACCGGGAAAGGGGCAGGAGCAGGUGGCUGACCCAGCAUCCAGGAUGUUCACCAUGACCAGGGCCUUAGAAGAGGCUCUUCUCCAGCACUUCGUAUACCAGAAGCUGGAGAUUGCUUAUGCCAUAUACAAGCCAUUUCCCUUCCUCGAAGGCCUCCGAGACAGCUCCUUCAUCACAGAGACAAUAUACCGGGAAUCCAUGGAAGCUUGUAGAAAUCAUGUCCCUGUACCCAGAGUGGUGUACAACAUCCUCACUCACCUGGAAAAGACCUCCAAUCUGUCAUUUCUGGAGAUGCUGUUCAGCCGAAUUAACCUGCGUGAAUACCCCAACCUGACGAUGAUUCUCAAGGGCUUCAGAAGUGUUGUCAGUUCCUACGGAGGAUGGAACAGAGCUGCACUGACCCUCCUCGAAACUCCAGCCAACCCAGCAGAAGGGCGCUCUGUCCAGACGCUGCUGCUGCUGUCCCCCCCCCAGAGCCACUCACCCCAUGCUCCCAGUGUCACUGAGCCCAGCGCACCCACACAGCACAGCGCUGAGAUCCCGGGCGAAACAUCCAGCCCUUCUGACCCCGCCGUGGCUCUCCCCAGAACCACCCAGGAAGGAAGGAUCACUCCAGAAGACUCACAAGAGAUGGCUGGCACUCCUCCCGACACUGUGCAAGUGAUAACAGAUGACUCUCCUGAACCAAAUGACCCCAAAGAGCUCCAGGAGGCAUCCAGCACACCUCCCAACAAGAAAGGAAAGAAAAGAAAAAGAAGUAUCUGGUCAACUCCAAAAAAGAGACGUCAGAAAAAAAGCCUCCCAAAAGGGAGAACCUCACCUCGGCACAGAAGCCAAGAGAAGCUCCAAGUGGUGGAUCAGGCAACUCAAAGGAAGGAUGAUUCACCCAGGAAGUCAAAUGUCAUGACAAGUGUCCAAAAGGCAAGCACCGAAUGUGCCCAAACCUCCGGACCAGAGGAAACCAGUGAUGACUCUUCAGAAAUGAAAGAAGAAAAGAGCCCCCAGGAGCCACCCAGCGCACCACCAAGCAUCCUGCCUGAUUCAACAAAUAAUGGAAAUAAACCAUCUUUGGGAAAAUCUGGGGAAACACGAAAGAGGACAGAAAAAUACAACCUGCCAUCUUCAAAAAGAAGACAGGAAAAAAAGCUCCCAAGAACCUCACCUGGGCACAGAAUCCAAGAGAAGCUCCAUGUGGUGGAUCAAACAACUGAAAAGAAGGAUGAUUCAACCAGGAACUCAAAGAUCAUGACAAGGGCCCAAAAGGCAAGGACUGAAUGUGUCCAAACCUCUGGACCAAAGGAAAAGAAAAGGAAAAAAAAUGUCAGUUCAAGUUCAACAAGAAGAUGUCAGAAAAGUAUUCCUCACAAGGAAAAACCCGAAGAUGAAACUGUGGAUUUUCUCUCUCCUGAACUUCCUGUGACCUGUGGUGAAGCCAAAGGGAUUUUAUAUAAGGAGAAAUUGAAACAAGGAUCCUCAGAGAAGUGCAUUCGGAAUGAGGCAGGGGUCUGGUUCACACCAAAAGAAUUUGAAAUCGAAGGAAAGCGGGCAAAUACAAGGAAAUGGAAGCAGACUGUGCAUUGCAAAGGAAAGACCUUAGAAGAGCUGCUGAAGAAAGGACUUUUGCUCUGUCCUCCGAGAAUAAGUGUCAAGAGAGAGUGGGAAAACUCCAAGGAAUGUGAGGUGUGCUGGAGAGGGGGACCACUGCUCUGCUGUGACACUUGUCCAAGAGCCUUUCAUGAGGACUGUCACAUCCCGUCCGCAGAGGCGGAGAGGAGCCCAUGGAGUUGCACCUUCUGCAGGAUAAAAGAGUCUUCGGGAAGGCAGCAGUGUCACGGGGAAUCUGAGGCCCUGGAGAGGCAGAUGCAGCCUGAGGAGCAGUUGAAAUGUGAGUUCCUCCUCUUGAAGGCCUACUGUCAUCCACAAAGCUCCUUUUUUGCAGAAACCCCACCUAAUAUUCGAGAUUAUGGAGAGCCCUUUAAGGAAGCCAUGUGGUUGGACCUGGUUAAGGAACGGCUGACUGAGAAAGUGUACACGGUGGCGUGGUUUGUUCGCGACAUGCGCCUGAUUUUUCGCAACCAUAAAGCAUUUUACAAGGCUUCCGACUUUGGUCAGAUAGGACUGGACUUGGAGGCAGAAUUUGAAAAGGACCUCAAAGAGGUGUUUAUUUUUUGCAAAGCCAAUGAAAACAGCUUCCAGACUCUUUGACCCUGUUCUAGAAAGACUAAGGCACCCCAACUUCAGGAUCCGGAUGACAUGACCCUGGCCAUCUUUAGACAGUCAAUGAGUCUGGGAUGCUAUUGGGAGCCCUCUUGACUCAAAGCCAGAGCCUUCAUACCAUCAUCAUGCCUUCCUUUUUGUUGUUGUUUCUCUCUACACCUAAAAGGGGUGUGUGUGUGUGUGUGUGUGUGUGCGUGUGUGUAAAAUACACCUCUAAUCCCCAGCCAACACCACAGGCCUCUUCCUUGCCAAUAUGUCCAUCUCUCUUCUCCCACAGUUAUCUAUUCUCAUUUGCUCAACUAAACUACAAAGAUAAUAGCUUCAGAAUCUCUACAGUCCUACCACUAUGAAAAAGAAACUAAGUUGAAUCCUAAAUUGUGUGGAAAUUAUUUUGAUUCUGUUUUAUAUGUAUAUUCUGUUAUAUAGUGUUUCUGUUAUAUAUAUGUAUAUAUAUAUAUAAUAUAUUUCAUAUUUCAUUGCAGAGAGUAUUUUUCAGUAUUUUGCACCUGCAUUUAUGAAGGAGGUUGGUCCGUAAGCUUCUGUGUACUGUCAAAAUCAGAUGUAGGGCUAUCCCAGCUUGGCACAAGAAUGCCUAAAAUUUUCUACUUUUAUAUGCUCUGGAAUAGUUUAUAAUGUUUUAAAUGAACCAACUCAUAAAAUUAUAUAGCCUCCCAUUCUUUGUAGAGGUAAUAUUGACCAUGUUCUCUGCUUUUUCAGGGUCAUUAAACUAUUCAGAUAUUCUCUUGCUUUUUGAAUCAGUUCCACUUUUAUAGUUUUCUAAGAAGUCAUUCAUUGCAUGUAUUGUUUAUACUUGGCCUUAUUUCUGCCAUAUUAUUUUAUUCCUUCUCUUUGGAAUACUUUCAUGUGAUUUUUGUCUACAUUUUCUUUGUUUUCACCUUCUAUUCUGGAAGGCAUUUGUAAGAGUUUUGUUUUUUUUUUUUUUUAAAGAUUUUAUUUAUUUAUUUGAGAGAGAGAGAAUGAGAGAGAGCACAUGAGAGGGGGGAGGGUCAGAGGGAGAAGCAGACUCCCUGCCAAGCAGGGAGCCCGAUGCAGGACUCCAUCCAGGGACUCCAGGAUCAUGACCUGAGCCGAAGGCAGUCGCCUAACCAACUGAGCCACCCAGGCGCCCCAUUUGUAAGAGUUUUUAAUUCUAAUAUUUACCUGCAAGUUUUCCAAAUGUGUUUUUAACUUAUUUUUUAAAUGUCAGAGACAGGGGCUCCUGGGUGGCCCAGUCUGUUGAGCAUCUGACUCUUGAUUUCAGCUCAGGUCAUGAUCUCAGGGUCCUGAGAUAGAGCCCUGCACAUCAGGUUCUGAGCUCAGUGGGGAGUCUGCUUGAGAUUCUCCCUCCCCCUCUGCCCUUCCACGUCUGCCCCUUCCCCAGCUCGUGCUCAUUCUCUCUCAAAUAAAUAAAUAAAUCUUUAAAAAUAAAUAAAUAAAUUCAGAGCCAAAAAUAAAUUAUCUUUAAUGAGCCACAUAUUUAAGCCAAGGUGUUUGUCACUUUUUAUGCCCCUCAGCUUCCUAAUUCAAAUGGGGAGGAAUUCACUAUUUUAUAAUAUGGCUAUUUAUUAACAUUAUUAAAUGCAUACUUUUACUUGUAUUAAUUAUUUUAAUUUUAUUCAAUUAUAUUAUAUAAGCCAUUAUUUUGUUAUUUUUACAUUAUAUAAAUUGUUACUUCAAAUAUCUACUAAAUUGAAAAGCACAAGUUGAAACUACGAUAACCUAUCUUCAUGAGAGCAACAUCAAUGCUGGUCUUUUCUUGCAGUGACUUCUUCCUUCUUUUUUUGCUCCUUCUUUCAGUCAGUGUAUCUUUAGGUAAUUUGAAAAGAAGAUUACACAGGUGACAUGUUUUCUGAGCCUUUGCACAGCUCUGAAUGUCUUCUUUGUUUUCAUAAAUUCACUGUUGGGCUACAGUAUGUAUUUUAUCACAACUUCUCACCUUCAAAAUCAACUUAGACUUUGGUCCACUGUGGUUUGGGCAUUUUCGUCCUACACCCGUGAAGUCAGAAUUCUGUUUCUUUGUUAGUGUGUAGACACAUAGCAGGUUUCCUUGUUCUCUCUAUAGUUAUAUAUUUUUGACAGGACAGGAUUCAGUGUAAUAUUCUUAUCAUUGAUCUUGCCUGGCACUCUGCCCUUUCAAUAUACAUAUCCAGUUCUUUUUUCAGCAGCUGCAUUAAAUCUUUCUGAUCCUUUUGUUCUGGGCUCUCUUUCAAGAACAUCUAUUAUCCAUAUGCUGGCUAUCCACUCUCUGGCCUCCCUAUUUAUCAUUUUUAAAAAAGAAAAAACAAGUUCUGGGAAGCACACCUCUUCUGAGGUCAUUAGUCUAAGACUUAAAUAUACUAACUCAAAACAAUCGCAAUUCUAUGGUCAAUUUUUUUUUUAUCAUUUUAAUAAUGCUCAUCGCUCUCUAUUAACCAAGCAAAUUUUUCUUACCACAAUACUUUUCUUUUCUCAAGACAAAAAUAAAAAGUUACUGCUACUACUAAGUUGUCCUGACCUG